UUUGUUUCUUUCACCGAUUAUUGCGUCUUUAAUUGGCUUGGUUCCUGGGUGGAUCUAUAGUGUUAUUGCCUUUUGAUCUGAUCCAUGCACAUCUCUUUUAUUUUUGGUCUGAUCCAAGCACAUCUCUUCUGGGUUUUGCUUCUUUCUGACUGAUAAAGUUAUAUACGUUGCGUAGAGUUUCUCACUUUCAGUUUAGUGCAUACACUUAUUCACUUGUUAUACAUCAACACAGAACUGCGUGUUUAGAUUUGUUUUGGUCUUGAUUUACGUGGCUUCCGUCUCUGGCUGGCCAUGUGGGUUUUAAACUUUCUUGCCGUACGAACCUGAAUUGUGUAUUUUUAUUUGCUUGGCUUAUGUUCUGAACUGAACUUUCUUUUGGUUGUCCAGUUUCUACUACACUCUAUGUUGUGGAUAUUAGGUCCUUGCAAAAUUAUCUCGUCACCUGCUCCUGUUUUCACUCUCAUUGAGUUUUAUAUUUUUAAUUGUCAGCAUAUGCUAGCCUUUAGUAUUUUGCCAUUGGCAAAGCAACAUCCUGUGUUAUGGAAACCAUUGUGGUCUCUUCCUGACGCAGUUAUAUUUAGUUUUUUUUUUUCCAAUUGUUAAUAAGUAUAUGGGUAGCCUUUAGUAUCUUUUUCAUUGUUUUUCCUGAGGCACUUUUAUUUAGUUUUGUUUAUGUAUACUGUAGUAUCCUAACCGCGGGAUGGCUAAUCGAUUUAUGCAAAAUGCUAUAGUGAGUGAAAGCCAGUGCAAGCAGAAGAAUUGCCAUCAGGAAUGCAAGAAGAGCUGUCGUGUUUCCCAGACUGAGAGGAGAGUUUGCAUCCUGGUGACUCCUGCUUCCAAGACUACUUUCUUGCCAGAGGAGCUGUGUAUAGGAUUUGGUAUCUGCGUGAAGAGAUACCCUUUCGAAGCUGUUCAGAUAAUCAAACCAAAUCUAGGCAGGUUGGAUUCCUCAGAGCUGGCAAAAAUAUUUGACUCACAUCCGCGGGUCAGAACUUGAAAGCUAUCUCACCCGAGUGGUAGAAGAAAAUCUAAAGGUACGG